AUGGCUCGUCCGGAUACUGGCCAAGUGGUGGCCUGGUACAUCUGCACCGCGGCCGCGUGUGUCUUCCUGGUCUGUCGCCUGAUUGUCCGCUGGCGACUGCUGAAGAAGCUGUACCUCGAUGACAUCUUCGUCAUCGGGGCGACGCUGUGCCUGAUCGGCGACCUGGCCAUCCAGCACUACAUGUUCACGCAAGGCAUGUCAGCGAUGGCCAAGGCGACCACGGCCGAAGAGAUCAACAUGAUGAAGAUGAUCAUCCCCGGGUCCACCCUGUAUGUCACCUCGCUGUGGCUUAUCAAGUCCAGCCUGGUCAUCUUCUAUAAGCGCCUCGCCGAUCGCACGCGGUACGAGACCGUCUACAACAUCACGCUCGCCGUGCUGGGGGCUACCUGGCUGGUGCUGUUUUUUGAUAUUGUCUUCAAGUGCUUCCCGCCGGACCGCCAGUGGAAGAGCAUCGAGAACCCGGAUUUGGCUUGCCCGUCGGGGCCCUCGACGAUCAACUACUGGCUGACCAUUCUCUUUAACAUCUUCAGUGAUGCCUUCAUCAUCUGCCUGCCCAUCUCGCAGGUUGCGCGGCUCAAGAUGCCGCCGAAGCAGAAGCUGGGCGUUAUUUCCGUCUUCCUACUGGGCGUUCUGGUCAUUAUCACCAGCAUCGUCCGUGCCAUCUACUCGUACCGCAACGAGCAGAUGAUCACCUGCACCGUCUCGAUGAUCGAGACCGCCAUCGCCAUCAUCGCCUCGUGCCUGCCCGUGCUGCGGACCCUCGUGUUCGGCUCCCACUCCCGCAAGGGCACCUACAGCGGCCGCCGGGGCUACGAGCUGUCCACCUCCGGGCCCACGGGGCUGGGGACGGGCAAGCAGCGCACGACGGUAUCCGUGUCGCACCCGGACACGCAUGCGGGGGAGCUGUCGCGGCAUGACUCGGAGGACGAGCUGGUCAAGGCGAACGGACUUUUUUCUCUUGAUGACGCGGCGGGUAUCUCGGUGACGCGGGAAUAUUUCGUGCACGAGGCUGGGAUGGAUGGCCAGAGCUUGCGCUGAUGUAGACUAUCUUUAUUGCUUCUCGGAUGCGCUGGGCAGGGAGGCCACCUGCCGGCGCGGAGAGAGCGUCCCCUGUAAUCAUAAUUUUCUCAUAGG